CACCCCCCCACAAAAAAUUGACUGUCCGCUUGACCUUUAUUAAGUCGACAUAUGUUCUGUCCCGUCUCGCCGGGGAUCGGGAAUGCACGCGAGAUACUUCUCGUAGUUUGGUCAGAUUUGGGGCACAUUUCUUAUGGUUUUCCUGAUUUUUCCAUUCUUAGGGCUACAGUAGAUCUUACAGCAAUGGUCAUCUCUAAAGUUCCAACAACACUCGCUGUUGUGUGCAUUCUCCUACAUCUCCUACUGUCCCAAAUACGGUGCCUUGCUUCAGCACAUGAUGUUGUUGGAUGUGGUGGCUUUGUGAAAUCAGAUGUGGAAAUCAAUUAUUCAUUGAUUGAGAUAAAGUUGUACACACCACAGGGCAGUCUGAAGUACCAGACAGACUGUGCCCCCAACAAUGGCUACUUCAUGAUCCCCCUGUAUGAACAUGGAGACUUCUCCCUCCACAUCGAGCCACCGGCAGGCUGGAACUUUGAACCCACGCAGGUCCAGCUGCACAUUGACGGCAAGACAGAUCAGUGUAGUAUGGGCAAGGACAUCAACUUCAAAUUUGCUGGAUUUUCUAUCUUUGGCAAGGUGGUUAGUGCAGGUCGUAAUGAUGGGCCUGAAGGAGUCAGUGUUUACCUUCAGCUGGAGGACUCAGAUGACCCUGCUGAGGUGCUACAGACAGCAGUCACCACCCAGGGGGGCAGAUAUAGCUUCUCGAGAAUUCUGCCGGGGAAGUACGAGGUUUCUGGUGAACACCCUGACUGGACUCUGGAGAGGAAGUCUGUCCAUGUGGCUGUGGAGAAGGACAACAUGAAUGUUGGAGAAGACUUGAGGAUCAUCGGGUAUGAUGUGAGGGGCCUGGUGCAGAGUGAAGGCCAGGGGAUGGCAGGCAUCACCCUCAUACUCCACUCUGGCACUGCGGACACUAAGUUGGUGAAUGGCUGCAACAAGGGCAACCCCAAAGGCUACUCAGGUGAAACAGUUAGGUUACCUGUGCUGUGUUGGGUGGAGUCUGACCAGCAGGGAAAGUUUGUCUUCCCCACAUUGCCAUCUGGACAGUAUAAACUAGUGCCAUUCUAUGGCUCUUCCCAGUUUGACGUGAGUCCCUCCCAGCUAGAUGUUACAGUUGACCACGGUAGCGUCCAACUGGGAGUGGCCUUCAACAUCAAUGGCUUCUCUGUGUGGGGCAGAGUUGUGCAGGAAGCGGAGGGAGCAGGUAUCUAUGAUGUGACAAUAGCAGUCAAUGGCAAAGAUGUCCUCAAAACAGACGGUGAUGGCAUCUACCAGCUGGAAAACAUGAAAACAGGCGUCUACUCCCUCCUGGCAAAAAAGGAACAUUACAUUUUCUCACCUUUGGAAGUGAAAGUUACUCCACGUACCAUACAGUUUCAGGACAUUGUAGCAUCCCAGUUUGCAGUUUGUGGUCGUGUGGACGUGGUUGCUUUGCCUGAUGGCUUCAAUCGUGACCGAUCAUGGGCACUGGAGCUGGAGAGCACCACAACUGGAAGUGUGAAAAAGGCUGCCACAAAGCAGGAUGGCUCCUUCUGCUUCAUGGCACCACCAGGGUCCUAUACUCUGACAGUGAUGCUUUCUGCGGCUGAUCAGAAAGCAGGUCUACAGCUGUCCCCACCCAGCCACUCUGUCACUGUAACCAGCCAGCCACAGAUGGACAUCCUCUUCACCCAGUUCCAGGCAGUUGUGUCGGGCAGUGUGCAGUGCAUCGAGUCCUGCAGCUCUGUGACUUUAUCCCUACAACGUGCUGACCAGGGAGGCAGCCUGGUUCACACACAACCUGAACCAUCUGAUGGAAAAACAGUCUCUUUUACAUUCAAAAAUGUCCUUCCUGGCAAAUAUUCUGUAACUGUUCACCAGGAGCAGUGGUGCUGGAAGGAAGCAAGCCUGACAGUUGACAUAGCAAACUCUGAUAUUCAAGGCCUGGUGUUUCUUCAAACAGGGUUCAUGUUGAAGUGCUCCCUGUCACAUGAUAUCAGCUUACACUUCAGCCAGGAUGGCAAUGGUCGCAAUGUGGGAUCUUUUGACCUGAAACGGGGCAUAAACAAGUUCUGCUUGGCACAACCAGGGGUGUACCACCUGACACCAAAGUCCUGUCACCAGUUUGAGUCGGAGGUGUACACAUACAACACCUCCAACCCUGUGGUCCUGACCCUGACCGCUGACCAUCACCUGGUGACGGGGACCGUGGUGACACCGGACAAGUCAGGGGACCUGCUGGUCACCAUCUCCACAGUUCCUGACGGGGGAAGUGUCCAGGUCACUCCAGAACAGAUCCUUCCCCCACCUCCUGACAAGGACACGGAGAGCUCAGAGAAGAGUUCUGAAGAUAAGGAUGGAAAAUCUGAAGGCAAGAAAGGAAAAGACAAGAAAAAACCUAAGGAGAUGCCAGACCCCCCUGCAGAGUACCAGGGCCCUUAUACAUAUGAGUUCUCCUACUGGGCCACAAGUGGAGAGCAGAUCAUACUGAAACCAACAGCUGACCAGCUGCUGUUUACACCUGGGAGCACCAAACUGACUGUUACAGGAGACAGCUGUCCUGCUGGCAAAGUGUCAUUUACUGGUGAGAGAGGAAUGUUUGUGACAGGCAGCGUGCAUCCUGCUCAGGCUGGUGUGCACAUCACAGUGUCUCUCAAGUCUGGAAAGGGGUCCUCAAAAGAUGUGACCACACAGACCAAUGCAGCUGGAGAGUACAGAGUGGGCCCCUUCUGGAGUGGAACUGAGUAUGAGGUACAUGCACACCUGGAUGGAUACGUGCUGAAGGCACUACCAGACAAUCCUCACUCUUUUGCUGCUUCCAAACUUGGCCAGAUCAGUGUUCAGGUGCUGAAUGAGGAAGGCAGUCCCCUGCCAGGUGUGCUGCUAUCUCUGAGUGGAGGGGACUACAGGAACAACAAUCUGACUAAUCAGGAUGGAGCUUUUGUCUUCUACAAUUUGGGCCCUAAAGAAUACUUCUUCCGUGCAAUGAUGAAGGAAUACAAGUUCAACCCUACAUCACAGAUGAUUAAGUUGGAGGAAGGCAGUAGCAUCAAUGUUAAGGUGGUCGGCACUCGGGUGUCCUUCAGUUGUUAUGGCCACCUGACCUCCCUGAAUGGUGAGGCUGAGCCAGGGCUGACAGUGAGAGCUCAGGGAGUGGGCAACUGUUCUUCUGCUGUGGAGGAGACAACCACUGAUUCAGAAGGUGGUUUCCGGUUGCGUGGCCUUCAGCCAUUUUGUGAGUACCAUGUGGGUCUCCUCAGCUCUGCUGCUGGAGGGCAGACAGGAAUCCCACCUUUCAAGGUUAUCCAGGUCACAGAUGGGGAUGCCCAGGGAGUGCAGAUCAUUGUCCUGCAUAGUCUGAACCACUUUGACUUGAGCGGAAAUGUUGUCACCGCUGAGAACUUCUUAAACACCUUGAAGGUUGUUCUGUAUCAGGAGGACAAUAUGGACCUUCCGGUUCACACUGUAACUUUAGGAACCUCUAGUUUCUUUGACUUCCCACCACUUGUCAGCAAUGAACAACGCUAUGUUUUGAGUCUGGAAUCAACGUUAUCAAGGGGUGCUUAUGACUACACCACACCAAGUGUUGCCUUCACUGCUAAUGGGCCGUUCAAGCACAUCACCCUGGAGUUCACCCCCAUUCAGAAAGCCAACAACAUUGAUGUCACAGAUGGUUCAUACCUGUCUCUACCUGUAACACUGCUGCUUUUACUGGCUGGGUAUCACUAUGAUAAGGUGUUACCAUUUCUACAGCAGUUGUUUGAAAGGGGGCAGAGCUGGAGAGGCCUGACUACUGAUAGUGACAACAGUGGAGAGGAGUCGUCACGACAUAGGAAGAAACUUAAAGUACGAAAAACCAACUAGUUGAUCAUGGAAGGAUAGUUGGGCAGAAGAGCUGAAAGACUGCAAUAAAAGAAUGUGGUAUCAGCCAUACAUGCGUAUAAACAAAAUAUUCCUUGGACAGAAGAGAUUUUUAUGUCAUAGUUGUAAUUGUAGGUUGUCUGUGGUACCUUUACAGACACUAGAUGAUGGCAUA